AUGGGGAAGCACAACAGCAAGUUGGCUCCAGAGAUGUUGGAUGACCUGGUGAGGAGCACCGAAUUUAAUGAGCAGGAGCUGAAACAAUGGUACAAGGGCUUCCUGAAAGAUUGCCCCACAGGGAUCCUCAACUUGGAGGAAUUCCAGCAACUUUACAUCAAGUUUUUCCCCUAUGGUGAUGCAUCCAAGUUCGCUCAGCAUGCUUUCCGCACAUUUGACAAGAACGGAGAUGGGACCAUUGACUUCCGGGAGUUCAUUUGUGCUCUGUCUGUCACUUCCAGGGGCAGCUUUGAGCAAAAGCUGAAUUGGGCCUUUGAGAUGUAUGACUUGGAUGGCGACGGGAAGAUCACACGCUUAGAGAUGCUAGAGAUCAUCGAGGCUAUCUACAAGAUGGUGGGUACUGUUAUUAUGAUGCGGAUGGAUCAAGAUGGGCUGACACCCCAGCAGCGGGUUGACAAGAUAUUCACCAAGAUGGACAAGGAUAAAGAUGACCAGAUCAGCCUGGAAGAGUUCAAGGAGGCAGCCAAGAGCGAUCCCUCCAUUGUCCUCCUGCUGCAGUGUGACAUGCAGAAGUAGAAGGCUUGGGACUCCGGUCAGCCUGCCCAGCUGUGCACUGUCUUUCUUUUCUCUUUAGGGCUGCAAGCCCCCUCUUGAGGGAGGGAGGGAGGCCUGCUGCCUUUGCCCACAUGAGUCUGCAAGUGCCUUUCCCAGCACUUGCGCCACCUGCCCUUCUUGGCACAGCCAGCACGGAGGUCCAGGCGAUGGCUCUUUGGCCAGGUGCCUUAGCCUUUCAGCCAGAAGACGUCCCCUCUGUCCACUGGCUCCUCUCUGGCUGGAGUCUCUGGCCUCUGCUUUUCUCCCUGGACAGGAAGUUUUCCCAACACUCUGGCAGCAAAUUUAACUUCUGAUGGGCUGCCUGAAUCCGAGACCCAGAUGGCUGCAGCUACGAGGUCCGUUCUCUUACAUUACUAGCUCUUAGGGGUAGAAAAAAAUCUACACCCCCUCCCCCCAUUGUGUCCCCCAUAACAACAAAUCUUUACCCUGUUUGAUGAUAGGUCUAGGGCUGCGUUUUCCACUCAGUGUCCUGAGGAUCCCCCCCCCCCAGGCCAAAAAGAGGAGAUGUUUCUUUCCUCUAUUCCUUCCCCCCAAAAUCACUUCUUCAAUACCCUGAAGAGCCAAUAGCAGAUGCAACCGUUUUUGGCCUGGGGGAGCCAAAAUUUCUUUUUGGAAAUUUACAAAAAGCUAUAACUCUCCCCCACACACACUUUAGAUCAAGGAUCUCCAAACUCUGCAACUUUAAAACUGGUGGACUUCGACUCUCAGAAUUGAAGAGUUGGCUGAGGCUUUGGCUGGCUGGGUAAUUCUGGG